AUGAGUGAGGACGAGAAAACGAGAGGUUUGAUAACCGAUGUUCAAAUGACCCCUGGAAAGAUGGAUGUUGCGAGACCCAAAUGGAACGGGCGGCUGGAGUUCAUUCUGUCCACUGUGGGCUACGCGGUGGGGCUUGGCAAUGUUUGGAGGUUCCCCUACCUGUGCUACAGUAACGGUGGAGGAGCUUUUUUGGUUCCCUAUCUCACCAUGGUAAUCUUGUGUGGCAUCCCGCUACUGCUUAUGGAGUUUGCGAUCGGUCAGUUCACCCAUCUAGGGCCAGUGCACGCUUUAGCCAAAGUCUGCCCUCUGUUUAAAGGUGUCGGUCUUGCCACUGUGGUUAUCUCCUAUGUCUUCUGCACUUACUACAAUGUGCUCAUGAGCUGGGCCCUUUUCUAUUUGUUCAACUCCUUCGGAGCAACACCUCCAUGGAAGACAUGCGACAACAGUUGGAAUGUCUUUAAGAACUGUUCCAGUGGUUUACCUGGCAACACUUCAGAUCUGCAGUCGGCAAGCCAACAGUUCUUUGAUCACAGGCUUCUGAAGAAAACUAAUGGAAUUGAAAAUGUCGGUGACCUUCAGUGGGAACUCUUCGGCUAUCUCUUCCUUGCCUGGGUCAUUGUGUAUUUAUGCAUUUUUAAAGGAGUGAAAUCAACUGGAAAGGUGGUUUAUUUCACUGCUUUAUUUCCUUAUUUCAUCUUGUUCGCCCUGCUCAUUAACAACAUGCAACUACCUGGUGCCAAAGAGGGUGUCCUGUACUUCGUGACACCUGUCUGGAACAAACUUUUUGAAGUGAAGGUUUGGGUUCAUGCAGCUGCCCAAGUGUUUAAUUCCCUGGGAAUUGCUUUUGGUUCCAUGAUUUCAAUGGCAAGUUACAACAACUUCAACAACAACAUUGUGAGAGAUGCAUUGAUUGUAUCGUUCAUCAACUCAUUCACAAGCAUUCUGGCUGGCUUUGUGAUCUUCUCAGCUAUUGGCUUUAUGUCACACGUACAUAAUCUUCCAGUCAACAACAUAUCUACAGAUGGUCCCGGUCUUGUAUUUGUUGUGUACCCCGAAGUUCUUUCCACAAUGCCCGCUUUUCGACUGUGGGCUCCACUCUUCUUCAUUAUGCUGCUCUGUCUUGGUCUGGACAGCCAGUUUGCAACAGUUGAAGUGGCUUUGACAUUCAUAAAAGAUGAAUUUAGAGCCAAAGUCCUGCACUACCUCAAGAGGGAAGAGCUGCUGGCCCUGUUUGUCUGCAUUGUCAGCUUUCUUCUCGGGAUUCCACACGUUACUAAGGGAGGCAUAUACGUGUUUCAACUGAUGGACCACUACACUGCAGUGGUGUCCCUCAUGUUCUUGGCUUUCUUUGAGGUCAUAGCAGUCUGCUGGUUUUUUGGGGUCCCUCGCCUUUCACAUAUGAUCAAGAAGAUGCUAGGAAAGCGUGUGAACAUCUACUUCCGCAUCUGCUGGUUGCUUAUUUGUCCUUUGCUGGUGCUGUGCAUACUGGUUUCCAGUAUCAUCCAGUACACUCCUGUCAAGUAUGGGACGUAUAGGUACCCAUUGUGGGCCGAAUGGGUGGGUUGGGGCGUCUCACUGAUCUCCCUAAUAUGGAUUCCCAUUGGAGCUAUUCACGAGAUCUAUAACAACAAAGGCUCUUUUCUUUCGAGGAUCAAAACAGCUGUGACUACCACAAUAGACCCGGCCGGUGAGGAUCCUCUUCCUGAAAAACAAAACCUGAACAACCCAAUGGCUGAAAAAGCAAUCGAACACCUUACCACAACACUUUGA